AUGGCCUGCUUCACCCUACAUGCCUCCUUGCCCCUCUUCGGUGACAAGCAGCCUGCGACUGGCACCACUCACCACCACCAGCCCCUAGAAUUAUCGCACUAUCUGAGUUGGUUGCAACAUCUGUGUUGCCUGAGUGUUCUCAUGGCUCUGCGGCAACUGGCCGCUGAGGCUCUUGGAAUCUCCUGGCGACCAGCCUCUCCUACGGCGGCGGCGACCCCCGACAACGUGCUAGAGGACUGUCGUCUACUGAGUGUAAGCGCUUGA